AUGACAACAGUUGCUAGUAUGUCAAGAGCUUUUUUCAGUUUUAUGUUCACCUUGACUUUAUUACCUUUCUUCAAAGCAACAACUGUUUUAGCAGAGAGUGGAUCUCUUCCUGAGGAGGAGAGUAAGUCUCACAUAGGUAUACUCUUGGAUGGCAGUGUAGUUGCUGUCAAGCAGCUGUCUUCCAAAUCAAAGCAAGGCAACCGUGAAUUUGUGAAUGAAAUAGGCAUGAUUUCUGGUUUACAUCAUCCAAAUCUUGUAAAAUUGUAUGGAUGUUGCAUUGAAGGAAACCAAUUACUACUAGUGUAUGAAUACAUGGAGAACAAUAGCCUUGCCGGCGCUCUAUUUGCCAAACUUGACGAAGAUGAUAACAUGCACAUCAGCACUAGAGUUGCUGGGACUAUUGGGUACAUGGCUCCUGAAUAUGCGAUGUGGGGUUACUUAACCUACAAAGCAGACGUGUACAGUUUUGGUGUUGUUGCACUAGAAAUUGUUGCUGGAAAGAACAACAUGAAAUAUCGUCCCAAUGAUACUUUCGUUUGCCUUCUUGAUUGGGCUAUGGUUUUACAAAACAAAGGGAGGUUUAUGGAGCUAGUUGAUCCGAGGUUGGGUUCUAAUUUCGAUAAAGAAGAGGCAGAAAGAAUGAUCAAAGUUGCUCUAUUGUGCACUAAUCCAUCUCCGGCACUGAGGCCUACCACGUCCACGAUUCUACGGAAAUAUCCAAUGGCCGCAAGAUAUGUCAGGUCUCUGGUUGGUGAUCAGGGUAGGCUCAGGGUCGACGAAGGAAAGAUCAUGUUACGUGUGAAGUACCAUGUUGAACUACUGAAAUAUCAUUGUGCUAAAAAUCUACUAUCAUUCACUGGGGUUGAGUAUAUAAUAUCGGAUAGGAUCUUUGAAACUCUUGGUCCGCGGGAGCAGAAGCUUUGGCAUUCACAUGAUUACAUCAGGGCUAUGGGUGAAUCCUCGUGUUCCAGAAUGAUUCAGAAGCCUGAACUCAGAGAUUUAGCUCGGAGUUACGGCAAGUUUUGGUGCACAUGGCAAGUUGACAGAGGUGAUAGGCUUCCCCUUGGUGCACCCGCACUGAUGAUGUCUCCACAAGGUGUGAACGUGGGCAUGGUGGAUUUAGUUAAGAAAAUGGAUGAUAAUUACAGGAUAUCAUCUGAAGAACUGAAAAUAAGCAGAAUGGAUAUAGCAAUACCUGAGAUGACAAAUUCUUAUGCGGAUUACUGGAUGCAGACUGGCAAGGGUUUUGCUGUUGACGUAGAGAAGACAUAUAUGGUAUUGAGGGCGCCAUUUCCAUGA